GGUCGGUGAGCGCGAGCCCUCUCCAUCCUCUCCUAAAGCCUUUUACUUUGCGCAUGUACGGCUAAACUGAACAUUUCAUCGACUCCAAGAUGGCGUUAACACCACUGGCUUGCGUUCUGCUUCUCCUUUCCAUGCAAUGCUACAUCGGCACCUUGGCAGUCAUCCUCAAGACGACGAAUGCUAAACCAUGGGUCAAUGAGUUUGAAACCAUCGAGCUGUCCUGCAUGAUAGAGUCAAUCUCCACUACUAAUCCCAGAAUAGAAUGGAAGAAGAUUAAGAAGGGAGAGCCAAGUUAUGUAUAUUUUGAAAAAGAAAUAGCAGGUGACUUGGAAAAGAGAGCAAAAAUUCGAGAACCUGCGACCUUAGUCAUUCUCAACGCAACAAGAGCCGACACUGCUGAUUACCGCUGUGAAGUCACUGCCCCAAACGACCAGAAAUCCUUUGAUGAGAUUUUGAUAUCACUCACUGUAAGAGUCAAGCCCGUCGUGCCCAGAUGCUCCGUACCCAAGUCCGUCCCGGUAGGCAAACCCGCAGAGCUGCAUUGCUUGGAAGACGAGGGCUACCCGAAGUCCCAGUACCAGUGGUUCCGCAACAAGGAGGAAAUCCCGGAGGAUCCCAAGAGCAGCCCAAAGUUCUUGAACUCCACCUACACCCUGAGUGGAGAGAUGGGCACUCUGAAAUUCAGUGCGGUCAGGAAGGAGGAUGCUGGAGAAUAUUACUGCAGAGCCAGGAAUGAGGCUGGGUUCUCUGAAUGUGGACCGCAGAUGAUGGAAGUUUAUGACAUCAACAUUGCUGGAAUCAUCCUGGGCGUAGUGGUUGUGGUGAUGGUCCUUCUGUGUAUAACAGUUGGCAUCUUCUGUGCCUAUAAACGAGGCUACUUCACCAGCCAGAAGCAGACAGGAAACAAUUACAAAGCUCCAGCAAAAGGGGAUGGAGUGGACUAUGUCAGAACAGAGGAUGAGGGGGAUUUCCGACACAAAUCCUCGUUCGUCAUCUGAGAGGAGGAAGACGGGUGAUGGAAGAGAUGUGGAAUUACGUUGAAAGUUAUUGGAGCUAUUAUACCUCGCAAACACAAAUCCCCAAAUGAGGACAGCGGCGUCGGAGCUGCCAUUGCACGUGCCUCCCUUUACGGCACGUCUGCGACGGUACAAUUUGUAUUUGCCAAAGGUGACAAAAAAAUCCUGUCUGAUCACUGUUUAAAGACACUAGAUGUUGCUUGUUUCUUUAAAUUCAACUUUUACAGCCCCUUUUUACUGAAAUUAGAAGCCGAUAUCCAGCAAGAAAACGUUUUCCUCAAAUCUUCUGUCAUUUUUAAAACAUUUAUUUUGUACUAGGUAAAUUUGUCAGACUAUUUUUGAUGGAAUAUAUUUUAAAAUGCCUACAGAAAAAAAAAAAAGUUUUACUUUUUUAAAUAUUUGUAAAAUACUAACCUGGAAGCCAGUACAUUUCUUUCUUUUCUUUUUUUUCCAUUUGGUUGUGAAAGAAACCAUUUCCACCAACUUCCCAUCCUCUGUUUCAGUCAUUCAACAAACAAAUAAUGUAUCAGACCACUCGAUGUGUGGAUGUUUUGUUUUCCAUUCAGAUUUCAAAUCCUUUCAAUUGUAUAUCCAGCAACGUCGGCUUCAAUCAAAGGUCUUAUGUACUUACUACACUGCUGGGAUUUCAUGUUAAUAGUGAAAGGACGUUCCAUGUUCAUGUUUGUAGAUAGUCUUAGACAGUGAGUAUCUUCAGAAAAACACCAGCGAAAAAGCUGGAGAAUAUUUUGAAAGACCAGUGCUGCGUAUCCUUGAUUUUAAGUGUCCUUCUAUGCUAGCUGUUUAUCUUGUAUAUAGUGAAUAUACUGUCUAGGUUGUUUAUUUUUUAUUAUUAUUUUUUCUUCUACUUUUUCUCUCAUCUUUUCUUUUUCUUAUUUGAGUUACUUUUUAACAUAACAGGGUUUGUUUGUUGACUAACUGUACUGGUUGUAUAUAGAUCCACUGUGAGCUACACUGUGCAUAAAAGGUUUCUGGUUUAAACGAACCUUUAAUGAGGCAAAUAUGACACUCUUUGCAUUGACAAAUUAAUCGGUCGCGGUAGAGAGGGGAUCUGCUUUAUUAAAUACAUUACAAAACCAACUCGGGAACCAUGUAAACCUUUAUUCGUGUUCUUCAAAACAUUUUCUUCCGUAACGGCGAUUAUGGAUUCGAACUAUUUGAACUCGCAUGCUUUCGAAGACUUCAAAGAAAGCAAACGCUAUUGAUAAUAUUUUAUGAGUAAAACCAUUUUUUUUAUUCUCAGAAAACUUCUGAUGAGAAUCAUAAAUCAUUCCUCUUAAGUGCCUUCCUCUGCAUGCAGACGGUGAUAAUAACGCAGUUUCAAUCGUUAAAUGCUGUAGCUGUUAAUUGGAAAACGCAGGACAAUUUUUCUAAUCCACAUCCGAUCCAUCGCUCUUAAACCAGGUCAACAUUUAGAAAAAAAAACAAACAGGUGUUUGAGAGGAAUGAUCAUGUUCUGUGCUCACCGUUUCGGUCACACAUAUCUAAUAUUAUAUAUAUUUUUUGUAAAUAGACCUGUUGUUGUGCAUUGAUUUGGGGAUUUUAUUUUUUUUUUUCAUUGACGUAGAUAUUCUAUUAUGUAUUAGUGCCUAAAUGUAGAAUGAAAUAAUGUUUCAAGAGGACAGAGCGCUAGUGUUAAUUCAGCAGGUGGAAUUGGAAAUGAUUGAUUUAUAUAAUAAGUUAGAAAGCGAGGUAAGCCUACGUUAUGGGUCACACGCAGCCCAAUAUCCCUUGCACAGGUCACUAGAGUACUGUGAGGGAAACAGAAAAUAAAAAAAAAUGUUCUGGUUUGAAAGAAAAGAAUAAAAAACAGAGAGCUGUACCAAAUACUGACUGCCAAAAGAGCAUUUUCUCCAAUCCCGGUAUUAUUCUGCUCCCAGUUCUCUCUCUCUUUUUUUUUUUUUUUUAUUUUAUUUUGUUUGUAACUCUUGAGCAAGAUUUCUUGGAAGCUGAGUUCAGAUGUUUUUCACUCAUUUUAGUUUUGUGGUUGUUUUUGGAGACAGCUGGAAUUUUAAAUGGAACAUAUUUCAUUCACCGAAUUCAUGUAAUGUCCCAUUGGUUUGGGGCCGGUACAAAUCCUGUGUGAAUUCUUGAACAGUAUGUUUGUGAUUAAUAAAACUCACUUCGUAAAUUCA